AUGUUCCUCCUACCGUUCAACGAGACAGGGAAAAACCCCGGGCGGAGCAGUAACAAACCAUAUUAUGAUGAUGUUUUCACCCUCUGGGAUACUCACCGAUGCCAUACAUCACUCUUCCAGAUCAUCCAGCCCACCGCGCACGAGGUAUUCAUACGAUCUCUCAUUGACAUCUGGCGGCAUGAUGGCUUUAUGCCUGAUACCCGAUCUUCCAAUUUCAACGGACGUGUUCAAGGUGGCUCGAACGCUGACAAUGUUCUGGCAGAUGCCUACGUGAAGGGUGUCAGAGGAGCAGUAAACUGGGAAGAUGUGUUCUCUGCCAUGCAAACAGACGCCGAAGUUACGCCAUCACCCAACAAUGAUCCAAAAGCCCCUGACUCGUCUACCAAGAAGGGCAGAGGCGCGCUUCCAGAUUGGCUGCAGUACGGCUAUAUCACGCCGCAAUUCACUCGUGCAGUAUCUCGAGCCGUACUCUGCAAACGACUUCAGUCUCUGCCAGGUCGCCAUCGGGCUAGGGAAAACCGAGCAGGCAGUCACGUACUCAACCGCUCGCGCAACUGGCGGAACCACUGGAACCCCAACGCUAUAUCGGAGAAACACACCGGUUUUAUGGUCCCUAGACAAGCAAAUGGGAUAUUUGUUCCACAGGACCCGCAGGACUGUGGAGGUUGCUACUGGGGGGAUGCGUACUAUGAAGAUAACGCCUGGAUCUACAGUAUGGACGCGAUCCAUGAUGUGGCAGAACUCAAGAAGCGAACUGGUGGCAAUGAGAGGUUUGUUGACCGCUUGAACCAGCUGUUCGAUCUUGAUAUCUUCAAUGCUGGCAACGAGCCAGGCUUCACGAGCCCGUACCUGUACAACUUUGUCGAGGGCCAACAGUGGAGAAGCGUCGAGAGAGGUCGAGCGAUCAGCAAGCUGUAUAAUUCAGGUGCAAGUGGAUUGCCUGGUAACUCGGAUGCCGGGGCGAUGGAGAGUCUUCUGGUGUGGCAGGUGAUCGGUCUUUGGUCCAUGACGGGGCAAGCGACUUUCCUUAUUCUCGCUCCGUGGUUCGACAAGAUAACGAUCAGUCUCGGGGCGACAAGACGCUAA